UAAUUUUACAUAUUGAUUUAAUAUAUGUUUAAACCUAAAUUGAUAUUUUAAGCGACCAUGUACAAUGCAGCUUUACGCACGAUUCAAGUAAAUUUUAUUCGCCGUAUGGAGGCGAAAACAUUUGACGCGAUUCAGAUGUUACAUUGUUAUCGCGAUAGAGAAGAGUUGCUUCUCAGCACCUCCCUCGCUUGCCCUGAACGAUGAGUAAUUACGAGUUAACGUUAUCUUAUCGCUGUACUUUGUUAUCACGUGAAGUCGUGUUGAUACGGUCAGAUUUUAACAGUUAACAGCGCGACGAAAUUUGGAGUGGUCGCUCUUUCGCUCCAGGAUGCAUAUCCGAGUAGCAAUUGUUCUGUUCGCCGCAUUUCUUCUCGUGAAGUGUGAAAAUGACUCGAGAAACGUUACUUCGGGUUCAGUUGCAAGUAAAACGAACAAUACUGCAACGAAACCGGCGAGUUUGUGUACCGUGUGUACUUGUACAGAUACCUACGUGAACUGCAGUAAUCUGGCUUUGGAGAAUCAUUUCGAGAAUAAUCAAUGGCCGAACGUAACGGCGAAAGAAAUCUCGUUCGAGAAUAAUCACUUGACGCACGUCACGCCUUUUCCGAGGAUAGUCGUCGAGAAAUUAAUUCUACGGAAGAAUCAUAUCACCACUAUUGAUUAUCGCACAUUUAAAGAACUUGUUAAUCUCACUGAAUUGGACCUGAGUCACAAUCAACUUACGUCAGAGCUACUAGGGCCGCACAUCUUUGAGGGCAAAUUUUCGCCGGAGGCGUACGAACCUUUGUCGAAUUUAAAAGUUUUGAAUCUGGCCGACAAUUUACUUCACUGGUUACAUCAAAGUAUAUUCGAACACCUGGUUGGCAUCAAAGUGCUGAAUCUCUCUGGAAAUCCUUUCGGUGUAUUCGACUAUCGUACAUCCAUAGCAAUCAGUAGCUUGUCAUACUUGGAGGAAUUAGAUAUAAGCUACUGCCAGCUGAAGGAAUUGCCGAAUCUUCAGUUCCAUCAUGCCACCUAUUUAAGGAAAUUAAAUCUAGCGGGCAACCAAUUUGCAGUUUUGCCCAGGCCUCUGGAAGAAGCCAAGGCCUUGGAAUAUCUCCGUUUGGAUUUUAAUCCGAUACGCGUUAUUGAUCGCGUGAACGCUUUCCCGAGCCUGAAGAAACUUAAAGAACUUAGUUUAUGCGAUAUGCCAGCUUUGACGGAAAUCGGAGGUGGCGGUUUAUCAGAGUUAAUCGCUUUGGAAAAUCUCUACGUGCAAAAUUGUCCAAAAUUAGACAGGAUUGAUGAAUACGCCAUAGUGCUCAAGACGUCUGAAGGCGCGAUGUGGCCGCCGUUAAAGAAAUUGAUUGUAAAGUCUAACGCUCUCCGAUAUUUGCCGAUGUUGCUCGUCGGGAGAUGGGACAAGCUCGAAGAAUUGGAUUUGGGAUACAACCGUUGGAGUUGUGACUGCAAGAAUCAAUAUCUGAUCGGGACCGUAUUACCUCAAUAUGGGGAGAAACUGAUGGGGAAGAAGAUCAGUGAUCUCACGUGUUCUGCACCGCCGGAACAUGCAGGUAAGACGCUCAUAUCCUUGGCCGAUCGACACUUACGCUGUUUGGAUAUUUACAACGCACGACCGGAAAAGGACGCUGCGAUACUCGUCGGGGUACUGAUCGGGCUGCUCCUCGCGAUUCCGGUCGGUCUGGUGCUUUUUGUCCUCUGGCGACGCGGCUUUUUGUUUUGCGGUUUACAAGGACCCGCCUCUUACUCGCGCGCCUUUUACAAGCGCGCGUCUAACGACGACGACAUUUAAUUAUAAUAUCUUUGUCAUUUUUAUUUGUUUACGGUAAGCUUUUUCAGAGAAAAUAUUAAGGUACAAUAUUUGUAUUUAGUUAGCAUUAAGUUGUGGGAGAGUUCGUAAUGUGAAUAAUGCAUCAAAUAUCUAGUCCAACUGAGUGUUUCUUCAAGUGACAUAUUUUUGUAAUUUUGUGUAUCUUAUCAGACUUGUCGAGAGCGCGUAUAUUUCACUUGUUAAUGUACACAAUUAUCGUAAAUCUGGUACUAAGAUUUUUAAAUCAUAUAUUCAUACAUAUUAUGUCAUUUUAAUGAAUUACUCUGUCUUGUGUUAAAUGAAAGAAAGAGAAAGGGAAAGGGAGAAAAAUACAAAUUUAUUUAUUUAUAUUUAUUAGUUUAGGAAAUGCAAUCUAUUGAAUUUUGCAGUUUUCGUAAAGUUUUUGGAAAUUAUUAAAUGCGUGAUAUUUCUCAUGCAAUGUCAUAAAGAAUAAGAGAGAAAGAGAGAGAUUGUGAUUUUAAAAAUCGACUGCUACAUUAAAAAUAUGGAGGUUUUACACUGGUCUCGACGCAAAGUCACGCAAUCUCUCGUUUAAUCUUUUAUUUUCUAAAAUAAUUUCCACAAUUUUGCGUAAAAUUUUUUCGAUACAUUGUGCACCUUCUGGACUAAGGUAAAAAUAAAUAAAUAAAACUCUCGUGACGUAUGGAAUAGCGUAUAAUGCAUGAAACGAUAUAACAAAUUCAUAUCUCCUCACCAGACUCUCACAAUAAUCAAUGUUUAUCAAUGAAACCGUGGAACACCGUGGAUCAUGCAUGUAUCACGGCUCUACAAUAAAGGAAACUUGAAAACGAA